AUGCGCAGAAUUUUUGGAGGUGUUCUUGGGGUAGUUGUUCUUGGCGCCAUUUUUGUACAAUCAAGAGAAACCGUUUUUCUCGAUGUGACCCUUUCAACGCUAAAUACAACAAAUCCUUUAUGGUUCUUAUCAAAUGCUUCAGUCCCGACUAAUUCUGCAUUUACUAGUGCAUGUGUUGGCGGUUCUAAUAAAAAUACGAUAUAUCUUUUAGAGCACCUUAAUGAAACUAAUGCAAUUAGUAAUACUACUAUGGUUUAUGUCUUUGAUACUGUAAGUGAAACAUGGAAUACACCCAUUAUUAGCGGGACGCUCCCUGUAAGUCGACAACAAUUUCAAGCUGUUAAUGAUACUAAUGGAUUCAGGAGUACUGGUCCUAGUACUGCUCUUAAUGACAUUUUUAUACUUGACACUUUAAGCUUGACUUGGACACAAGGUUCUUCUGUUGAUGCACCAACGGCACGUUCGGACUUUUCUGCUACACUUUUAAAUAAUGGUCUCAUACUUUAUAUUGGAGGUGGUGACAAUAUUAAUAUGGCCGAGAUUCCGACUUUUAAUACAAAUAGCGGGGCAUGGUCUAAAAUGGUUGCUACUGGUGAUACAAUAGACCCUAGAAGUGGCCACACUGCCGUAUUAUCCCCACAUGGGCAUGUUAUAAUUUACGGUGGAACUAAAAAUAACAGUGCUUUAGAUCAAAGCCAACAGUUGGCUUCAUUAGAUACAACUGUUAAUCCGUAUAAGUGGUCUAAAAAAUCAUUUAAUGGUGUAUCUGGCACAAGUAAUAAUGUUUAUGACUUGAAUAUUAAGAAUACACAAUUAUACCUUCUUGAUACUCGAAAUUACAUGUGGGUCACGGACACAUUGCAACAACCUAAUUCCACUACUUCACCUAACCCUCAAAAUCCUUCAGUUACUCAUAUUCAAACUGUCGUUGCUUCAAAUUCUAAUGCAUUAAAUACAGGUGUAAUAGUGGCGAUUCCUAUAGUUUCAAUUGCCAUUCUUGCAAUAAUAGGCUUCACGGGGUAUUGGCUUUAUAAAAGAAAUAAACAAAAAGAUAUCAUUCGUAUAGCAGGUUCUAAAGGAGG